AUGCCUCGUCAAACAUCAAGACUACCAAGGAAGUUAUCAUCUUCUAGGUCAACUUCAAUCUUGAAAAAAUCUGUUUCUUCUAAAUCAUCUCCCACAUUUAAUACUUCAGACAUACUUCCCAAACCCAAUGAAGGUGAAUAUUAUGAAGAUGAUGAACAACAAACUACUAAUACUAAUACUACUACUUCUGUUAUUACAAUUACUACUGUCAAACCGAAACUAACUGCUCAAACAGAAAAAAUAUCAGAACAAAAAUCAUCUAAUCAAUUAAAGCCAAUGUUGAAAAAAACUAUUGUAUACAAACAAGCACCAUCAUUAAAUUCAUCAGAUGAAUAUUAUGAUGAUGAAAUUACAGAAACUACAUGGGUUAUUAAAUUAGGUGAUAAAAAUGUAACCGAUAAAGAUAUGCUUGAUUUUAUUAAUAGUCAAAUUAAUGGUGGAACAUUGUUACAAAAUAAUUCAACAAAACUUAAUACUACCUCCUCAGAUAAAAAUAAUAGAGAAACUGAAACAUCAUGGUUUUCAGUACCUGAAACAAAAAAUAUGAAUGAAAAAUGGAUUUCUCAAUUCCUUGAUAAUGAUAAUGAUAUAGAUAUAUUAGGAAACAAUCGAUACGGAAUUGCCUCAAGCAAUACAACACGUCAAUUAGUAUCUAAAAGUUUUUGGAUUUCUGAUGAUUUUGAAAAAGAAUUAAAAGAAAUGGACUUUUUAGGAAUGUUACGUAAUUCAACUGAAUUAAAUGAUAUUAUCAAUAAAAAAUUGGAUUUCUCUUCAUCAUUUAACCUUAAUGACAAUUCAACUACAAAUAAUCAAAUAAAUUUAGAACUUUCAAUCAAUAAGUUACUCUUGGUAACAUUAUGUCUACAAAUCAUCCCAUAUGAAUGUCAAAUUAAUGUUGUUACUAAAGAAGUUGGUAACAGUGCUUUGUCCAAUGAAUCAACAAAUACCUCAUCAAUUUCUAAUCCCGUGAAAUCAGUUUCACUUCAUUUUUGUCGUUCAGCAAGAGGGAUUAAUCAGUCUGAUCCGAACUCUGUAUUGCAAGGUGAAAAUGUCAUCAAAGUUGUCGGACAUUCACCACAAUCAAAUGUAAUCAAUAUGAGAAAUGAAACAAAAUAUCAUUCAGCAAACAUUACACAUACAAAAUAUGAUCAAACUGUCAAUAUACAAGCAGGUUCACAAUUCGAUUUUCCUGUGGAAUUAAAACCUAAAUCAGUUUUAGACCUCUAUUCUGAUAUAAAAAAGAAGCGACUUGCAAAACGAAUCGUAAAAAGAAAAAAAAUAAGAUAUGGAGAAAGUGAAAACAAUGAUAACAUGAAUGUGAGAAUGAUUACACGACGUAUUAGACGUAUUUUGGGAAAAAUACAUUCGGAUAAAGCAUCUACAGCAGAAGCUGAUAAUAAAAGAACUGUAGUGAAUAUAAAACGAAAAGACAUUACGACAGUUGACAAUAAUGAUACAUUAAAAGAUUGGAAAAGUUUAAUUCGUAGAAAGAAAGAUGAUAUGAAACGUGUAUUGAUAAAACGGGUUAAAGCGAAGAAGCGAGAUGUUAAUGAACAUAUUGAAUCGUCAAAAUCUAAAGAGAGAUUUAUUGUACAAAAAAUUAGACGUCAUGUACAGAAAGAAGCAGAAGCAGCAAAGAAUCGUAUUCUUAUUAGAACACGCAAAAGAAAACGUAUUCGUAAAUCAACAUCCAUGGGAAAAAUAAAAGAACAUUUACAUAGACGAAGAUGGAGAAUUAGAAGACGACGAAUAGGACCUCGUACGUCUAAAGAUCUAUAUAAAUAA